AUGUUCCGCCGCACCGACGACGAGGACGACGACACCUUUGAUCCGAUCUUCUCUGGCCAAGAGAGAGGCUUCUGGGCCCAAGAUGAAUGGGACGAAUUUCCCUGGUCAGUCAUCCAUCUUUUCCCAUCCUUCUCAAUGGAUCUCGCGUCUGACUGUGCAGCCGUAUAAUAGACCCAUCGAUCAUCAAUGUCAACGACACAUGGUACUCCUUCUCCACCAACUCGGGAGGCCGAAACAUCCAGAUCGCUACUUCGGAUGACUUCGAUACCUGGACGCUCUUGCAGACGGAUGCCUUGCCAGACUUACCGGCUUGGAUCAGCGAUCAGCCGACAGAUGUUUGGGCUCCAGAUGUCAGUCUGUUGGUAUGCCAUCCCCCCCAUCUUGCAAAAAUUUCCCCCAUUUUCUCGCAUGAAAUACUGAUGUGGUCUGGUUAGGACAAUGGCUACUUUAUCAUGUACUAUACCGCCCGUACAGAUGAGGACUCCCGCUACCACUGCGUCGGAGCAGCCACAUCACAGAGCAUCGAGGGGCCCUUUGAACCUUGUUCGGACGACCCCUUGAUCUGUGAUCUCUCCGUCGGCGGAGCGAUCGAUCCUGCUGGGUACGAAGAAGAUGGCCAACGGUACAUCCUCUGGAAAGUCGACGGGAAUGCUCUCCCUUAUGGAUCCGGCCCCUGUGGCCCUACCAAUCAUACUACCCCGUUGUAUAUCCAGCCCGUUGCGGCAGAUGGCGUUACGUUGCAAGGCUCCAAGAGCCAACUCGUCGAUAACCAGGGUUCUUCAGACGAUGGAAUCGUCGAGGCUCCGAGUCUGACAAAGUGUGGAUCGACCUAUGUUCUCUUCUUCAGUUCGGGAUGUUUUACGACCACUAAUUACAAAGUCAACUACGCUACGAGCACGAGCUUGACAGGGGGGUUUCAGAGGGCGCAGAAUGCUCUCUUCCAGACUGGUACGCAGAAUUUGACGGCGCCCGGUGGCGCUUCUAUUGAUCGGGACGCGAAGCAUUUGGUUUUCCAUGCGAAUUACAAUGGUGGGAGGGCGCUUUGGACGGACAUCGUUACUAUAGAUGGAGAUCAGGUGUCAGCUUGA